UGACAGGGCCUCAAGCUACAGGACUUCAAGCACACACUGGUGGCACUGCGCGAUGAGGAUCAACGAGGAGACGGUCCUGGUCGGUGAGCGGGUACUGCUCGUGCCCUAUCGGAAGGAGCACGUCGAGCAGUACAACGCCUGGAUGCAAGACCCUUUCCUUCAAGAAGCCACAGCCUCCGAGCCUCUCACGCUGCAGGAGGAGUACGAGAUGCAGGCUUCCUGGUGGGCUGACGAGGACAAAUUGACAUUCAUCGUACUGCACCUGGAUCGGUCCGCCCCUGGCUUGGACGAGGAGACGAUGCGCAACCUGAGUACAGAGGAGCUGAUGGGUCGGUGCAAGAUGGCAGGAGACGUCAAUGUUUUCCUUUCAUCACUGGAGGAAGAAGAGCAAGAGGAGCAUGAAGGUCAAGGUCAAAGCACGAACCCAAGCAGCAGGGGCAAAUCGAUAGACAGCACUCGACCGCAGAUGAAAGGCGAGCUGGAGAUCAUGAUUGCUGAGCCAUCCCUCCGGCGCCAGCGCCUGGCCCUCGAGUCCCUCCAGCUAGUAAUCUGGUACAUCACUUCCUUUCCCACUCCUUGUCCUCCUCCCUCCUUCCCCUCAUCUUCCAACCUCAGCUCCUCUCCCUCUUGCCCCUCCUCUCCCGCCCUCCCUCUGCAUCCCUCCCACCUCUUCUGCAAAGUUUCCGAAAGUAACACCUCCUCCCUCGCCCUCUUCCAGCGCGCACCGCUGUACUUCGUGGAGCGCAGUAGGAGUGCAAUUUGGAAGGAGGUGGAGUUGGGAUUUCCUGCGAGUGCGAGCACGAGCCAAGGCGAGAGUGGGGCCAGGGGCGAGGGUAAGAGUGAGAGUGAGGUGUGGGCAGCCGAUCUGGCGAGCUGGGGGCCACGGGAGGUGAGACGGUGGGUGCGGACGGAGGAGUCGUGAGGGAGCAGGAGCAUCCAUCCGCCGUCAUAUGCAUUUCACACAAGUAGAGUCCCAUCAAUAGUCACCUCACGCGCGCUACAACUACACACUAUACAGACACGACACUGAACAUUGGCAAUUGGGUGAUACUGUAUUCUCCUCGACCGUGCUGUGAGAAGCCCGCUCCCUCGCCUCGCCUCGCCUCCCUGCUCGCCCACUUCCCGCCACUGUCGGCCAAGUGAAG